AUGGAAAGCUUAGAACUCUUUGAAUUCAUUCAGAGUGAGGAAGAUGAUAGUAAAAUACUGGAAGAACUCAGGCAGCAUAUUAAAAAACGAAAGAAACUGCCAUGGUUUCAGGACAUAAUUCCAGGGCUGAUCCCGGGCAUCGAGGAUGGAAAAACAUGGCUAGACAACGCACGGAAGUUACUGUGGUCGCCAGCCGAAUACAGUGAACACAAGGUGAAGCUCAUUCGCAUGCAGAAGCUGCUGCAACCAAGUCCCACCCCACUCUCUCCAGAUCGAUAUCGUCUUCGACAACACUGGCCAAUAUAUAUCGAAGCCUUGCGGCCAAUGUCGGAUAGAAUGUUCGCAGCGGCGAACGAAGUCUACGAGGUGGUAGCUAAGCAAGAUUGCUUGACUGAAGACCGAAACAUAGCAAGAGCCACAUCCGAAAUUGAUGAUAAGCACCACGCUUUUGUGACCAUCGCAGUAGCCUUGCAAGAUAAGGUUCUAAGCCCUAUCAUCAGCGACAUCAAGCGGCGACAGAAAAGCCUCGACGAAGAAAUACAACGCGCGGAAGACCAAAAACCAGGCGGACAAACUAUGCAACAGCAACUAGACUUUCUCUCCGAAGAGAAACACGAAAACCAAGAACUGCUGAAGGCGCUUGUUAGGUUUCGCGAUACACUUGUUGACGAGAAGGAUACAACGGACCAGCACAAGGAUUUGAAGAGGAAUUCAGUUGAUGAGUAUUCAGAUUCAGAUGAAGUUAUGUCAAGGAAGAGCGCAAAACGUAGGUUGCCGUUAAGAUAG